CUAUUCUAUUGGUUUGCUUCUUGCAUCCUUCUUGUUGCUUCUGUCUUGUGCUUUGGUUCUUGCAGUACCUACGCCAUGGCUGGAAAUGAGACUGACCGACAAGGCUUGCUUGAAUUCAAGGCCAAAAUAAGCCAUGAUCCUUUCAUGGUUUUGAGCUCAUGGAAUGAAACCACCCACUUUUGCCAAUGGUAUGGUGUUACGUGCGGUCACCGGCACAAGAGGGUCACUGAGUUGCUCCUACCAUCUCUGAAGCUUGCAGGCUUUAUAUCUCCUUUCAUUGGAAAUUUGAGCUUUCUAAGGCAUCUACAUCUCCAAAACAAUAGCUUUGGUCAUGAAAUCCCUCCACAAAUAGGUCGUUUGCAUCGAUUGAAGAUAUUAUUUUUGAGCAACAAUUCAAUGGUAGGCAAAAUCCCUUCCAAUUUAUCCAAUUGCUCUAGCAUUGAAAGCAUCGGACUUUCCUAUAACAAAUUUGUUGGAGAGAUUCCAACCGAGUUUAGCUUCUUGUCAAAGCUUCGAGAAUUUUAUGUAGACAGGAACAGACUAACAGGAAGUAUUCCUCCAUCUCUUGGGAACUUAUCUUUACUUGAAGAACUUGUUGUAUCCGCAAAUAAUUUGGGUGGCAGUAUUCCGAACGCACUAGGCCAACUAAGAAAUCUUACAACUAUUAUACUUCCUGGAAAUAAGCUUUCAGGUACCAUCCCUCCAUCAAUCUUCAAUCUCUCUUCUAUUAGUGUUCUGGAUGUAGGAAUUAAUCAAUUGAGAGGGAGUCUUCCAUUGGAGUUGGGAAUAACUACUCUUCCUAAUCUCCUAGAGUUCUCCAUUGCCUCUAACCAUUUUACUGGUUCCAUUCCUCCUUCAAUAUCUAAUGUCUCAAAUUUGGAGAGACUUCAACUUGCAGCAAACAAUUUUACUGGAAACGUUCCUUCUUUGGAAAAGCUGCAUAGGCUCAAAGUAUUUACUGCUUUUGCAAACAACUUGGGGGGAAGUCGAGAAGCUGAUCAUGACUUGAGUUUUAUCUGCUCUUUGACCAAUGCAACCAUGUUAGAGGUUUUUGUAAUACACACCAACAAUUUUGGUGGUGUCUUACCAGAAUGCAUUGGUCACUUGUCAUUGACCCUAAAAAUAUUUGUAAUAAAUGCUAACAAAAUAGCUGGAAUGAUUCCGAGUGGGAUCUUGAAUCUUGUCAACUUAGAAGUACUCUACCUGGAACAGAACCAAGUGUCGGGUAACAUUCCAGCUGGUAUUGGAAGGCUUCAUAGGUUAAAGAUGGUAGAUCUAUCGAGAAACAAUCUUUCAGGCAGCAUCCCGCACUCUCUUGGAAAUUUAACUUUGUUACUUCAUCUUUUUUUAUUUGAAAAUAACCUUGGUGGAAGCAUCCCAUCAAGUCUAGGCAAUUGCAAAUCUUUGAUCGCUCUGGACCUUUCUCGUAACAAUCUCAAUGGUUCCAUACCCCCACAGAUCUUUGGUCUCACAUCUUUAUCAAUUGGCCUAGCCUUGUCUGAAAAUCGUCUUACGGGUCCUCUUCCCAUGGAAGUAGGAAAUCUUAAGAAUCUAGGUGAAUUACAUAUCAAUGGGAACAUGUUAUCUGGUGAAAUUCCGAGCAGUCUUGGCAGUUGCAUUAAGCUUUAUAUUCUAUACAUGGGAAGAAACUUCUUCCAAGGAAUUAUUCCACCAAGUUUUGGCUCUCUGAGAGGACUUCAAAAAUUAAAUCUUUCUCGAAACAAUUUAUCAGGAAAAAUCCCCACCCUUCUAGUGGAUAUGAACUCCUUGCAGAUUUUAGAUAUAUCAUACAACAAUUUUGAGGGGUCAGUGCCAACAAAUGGCGUUUUCAAGAAUUCAAGUUUAGCUUUAGUUGCAGGGAACGUUCAACUAUGUGGUGGAACUCCUGAGAUGCAAUUGCCUAAAUGCAACUUCAAAGAGCUUGGGAAUACAAAAUUGACCUUAACCUGGAAGUUAAUAAUAUCUACAGUUUUGGGGCUACUAGGAUUAACUUCAGUUGUGUACUUUUUGUUUUUUUCUUGGUUGAGAAAGAAAAGAAGAGUGUCAAUAUCAAGUUCUUCAAGAAAUUGGCUUUUGAAUAUAUCUUACCAAAGUCUCCUAAAAGCCACUGAUGGAUUCUCCUCAACAAAUUUGCUUGGUGUGGGUGGUUUUGGAUCAGUCUAUAAAGGAGUUCUUGAUGAGGGUGGAACUAUAAUUGCUGUCAAGGUCCUCAACCUUCUGCUCCAUGGAGCCUUCAGAAGCUUUGUUGUUGAGUGUGAAGUCUUGAGAAACAUCAGACAUCGAAAUCUUGUAAAGGUUCUUACAGUUUGUUCAAGUGUUGAUUUUCAUGGUAAUGAUUUCAAGGCUCUAAUUUAUGAGUUCAUGGUCAACAGAAGCCUUGAGGAAUGGUUGCAUCCAACUGCUACAGAAAAUGAAAUGCAUCAGGACCAAAGAAAUCUAGAUCUUUUCCAGAGGUUGGAUAUCGCCAUUGAUGUUGCGAGUGCAUUGGAAUAUCUACAUUAUCAUUGUCAAACACAAAUCAUUCACUGUGACCUAAAGCCGAGCAAUGUUCUUCUCGACAAUGAAAUGAUUGGACACGUGGGAGAUUUUGGGAUAGCAAGAUUCUCUCUUGGAAGCAACCAUAGCUCUUCAUCCACUCACUCCAACACUAUUGUAUUAAGGGGAACAAUCGGUUAUGCCGCUCCUGAGUAUGGUGUGGGAAAUGAGGUAUCAACCUAUGGUGAUAUGUACAGUUAUGGGAUCCUUCUAUUAGAAAUGUUCACAGGAAAGAGACCCACCGAUGACAUUUUUCAAGAUAGUUUAAGCCUACAUUCCUUUGUCAAGACAGCCUUGCCUCAAGGAGUAGUAGAGAUUGCAGAUCCAAUUCUUUUUCAGGAAAGGGAAGAAGAGACAACUAGAAAUAAUGGCCAAAAUAACAACAUUACAAGAAGAAAUAAAAGUCAAGAGUGCUUGGUUUCAAUUUUUCGGAUUGGAGUUGCAUGUUCAGUCGAACAGCCAGAAGAGCGAAUGAACAUGAGAGAUGUUGUAGCUGAGCUUCAUUUAAUCAGAAAAAAGUUUCUUCAGAAUGGAACAAACAGAAGCAAUCCAAGAAUAAAUGGACCAUAAUCUUAGUAGCUAGUAUUGGUGUCUUUGUGAUAAUUAUUGUUUGGUUAGUAUAUGUUGAUGUGGCUUGUAACAAUAAAGUUUUGUUUUUAUUGAGACCUCCGCAUAUUUUGUUAUUACUUUUCUAAUAAAGAUAUAUCUUCGUCGUAUUGUGAGUUUGUUACUAUUGACUACUCAUUACAUACUUACCCCAUUCUUUUCCCCUCCACUUAAGUCUCUUAUGGAACUCUUUAUAUUCUUGCCACUUAAUUUUGAUGU